UCUUGAUCCUGAUUGGUUGCUAGUCCCGGGUGGGCGGGGCGACGUAGAAGGUCCUGGAGCUAAGGGGAAAGAGUAGCCAUUCGCCAAGCAGGGUUUAGAGAGAGGGCAACGGCACACAAUGAGGGACAGGAAAGAGUAAACAGACAAGGGCCUCGACAACCGAACUUCCAGCAUGGGAGGUGGAGGCAGCAAGGAGAAUGAGUCUCACCUUCUGGAGACACUGUGCGACCACGAGGAUGCCAUCAACUGCGUGGCACUGUCCGAAGAUGGCUCCUUGCUGGUCACAGGGUCGGAGGACAAGACGGCGAGGAUGUGGAGCACGAAGACGGACGAAACAGAGUGCCUCGGUGUCCUGAAGGGUCACACUUCGUACAUCACAUGCGUAGCCAUCACCAACGCCUACAUCAUCACGGGCGCGGCUGACAAUACCCUCAGGAAGUGGGACAUGACCACCUGCGACUGCCUCCAUGUGUAUUCAGACCACACGUCGCGCAUAGCAAGAGUGAUCUGCACCGACGAGUUCAUCUUCAGCACCUCCUACGAUAAGACAGCGAAGGCCUGGCUCUUCGAUGCUGAAGACGCGGACAUCGGAGAGACAGCAGCCAUCAGGACCUUCACGGGGCACCACAGGGGAGUGUACCCCAUCAUCUACAUCCCGGCGGUGGACACGGUGCCAGAGGACAGCGAAGGGAUUAACAUCAACCCUGGGGACCUAAUCAUCACGGGCAGUGCGGACGCCACGGCGCGCUCCUGGUCCUUCGACACGGGAGACUGCCUCAAGGUGUUCAAGGGACACAAGUCCGCCAUCACCUGUAUGGCCACAGACCCCCAGGCCAAGAUCCUUUACACGGGCGGCGGAGACAAGGAAAUCAGGUGCUGGAAUAUCAACAGAGGAGACUGUAUCAAGGUUCUCGAAGGGCACACAGGACCUAUCAUCUGCCUGAUCGUGGUGAACCGCCUCAUGUACAGCGGCAGCGCAGACGGGACGGCCAAGUGCUGGGUCCGGGAGUUCGGAGACUGCACCAGGACCUACAGGGGCCACAAGCACUCCGUCGUCUGUGCCAAGUUCAACGAGGGCAUCUUGUACACGGGAAGCGGCGACGCCAUAGUGAGGGCUUUCGACGCGAAGAGUGGCUCCGUCAGGAAGGUAUUCAAGGGGCACACAAACGCCGUCACUUGUCUGACCGUGUGUGGUGACAAGGUUUAUUCGGGCUCGAGUGACGGCACGCUCAGGGUCUGGGACUGCAAGAAUAUGAGCGAGGACACUGGGUUCGCGGCCGAGGAUCUGGACGACGACGACGGCGAGGAAGGACUCGACGAUGACGACGACUUCAAGAAGAAGCAGCUGGACGACUUGGACGAACGCCUCGACGACUACAUCGGCGGGGACGUGGACGAGGCCAGCAAGCCCGCCUCAGCCGUGUCAAAGGCAUAAGAUCGGAGGACGAUCCUCCUGACCUUAUUAGUAUUUAGAGUCAUUUUGGACACCUUAUCCGGUGGAGGUCCGCCGCCGCCGCGAUUCUGAUUGGCUGUAAUGCGAAGCAGCUCGACGGUGAUUGGCUGCAGCACAAGACAACUCAACGGUGAUUGGCUGCAGCACAAGACAACUCAACGGUGAUUGGCUGCAGCACAAGACAACUCAACGGUGAUUGGCUGCAGCACAAGACAACUCAACGGUGAUUGGCUGAUGGGCGCUAGAUGCUCGUGCAGCUCUCCGUAUGAGGUGUCCGAAGUGUCUCUGAAUACUUAGCUGGUUGGCGGUGACUGGUCGUGCGAAGCUGAGACGGACGACGAGGCGUUGCAUCAGUGGUGGCAAUAAAGAGUGAUUCUUUAGAUAAAAAAAAAAAAAAAGAGAUGGAUAUUUGGAGAUCAUUUGAAGCAUAGAUCUUCAGGUUAAUUAUUUACCGAAAUACCGUAUUGUGCCUUGUAUCAUGUUUGUCCUAUUAAUCAAAUCAUUAUAUAGAAAUAUCUUUAUGUCAUACAGAGUAUAGUGGAAAUAGAAAAAGAGAAAGAGAAAGAUUUAUGACGAUGUUCUUGAGACAAUUACUGUUGUUCGAACUUUCCCUAUAAAUGGGUCAUGCAGAGCUUCUAAUUAAGUAAAAAAGAGAGAGAUUUAACAGCAGUGAUUAAAUCAGGAACGGUCUUUUAUAAACCAUCAUUUACUGAAGUUUGCACCCAGUUGUGUGGUGGUCUCUUUAAAAUUAUGGGUCAUAGGCAGAGGUUAACGAGGCCACCCUAACCUAUGUAAA